GCAAAAAAACAAAAGAAGAAUCAAGAUGUAUUUCCGAUAGAGGCUCCUACAUGGUGGUUUGCAUCGCACUUUUCAAAAUAACUCCAAGUGAAAUGUUUUCGUAACGCAAUUUAAUAAGCGAUGUGGGUCGCGAGAAGAUUUCUCUCGUCGGUGGUUCAAAGGGGUCAUCAUGCGGGGCAGCCCGGCUUGCUGCUCCGGCCUCGCUACGGCUCCCUCCCGGCGGACGUGGAGCUGCGCUACCUCCAGUGCACCUGCUGCUGGAGGAGCCGGGUUCCCACGGCGGGCUUCGAGACCUUAAACGCCGCUCUCACUUCGUCCUCCGAGCCCUGUAAGGAGGAGGGCAGCGGGAGCACGCUGGACGCCUGCUACACCUCCGAACAGCGGGACACCAUCCUCCAGCUGCUCAACAACGCCACCCUGGCGGAGCUGGCCCGCGUCAAGCUGCUGCGAGGACGCAAGUCGCUCAACGUCGUGGAGUACAGAACCAAACACGGCCCGUUCAAAAGCCUGGAGAGCGUGGUCAAUGUCCCGCUGCUGAAGCACAAGAGCGCCGUCAUAGUGUUCAACUCCAUCCUGAACCCGGUGAAGAAGGAGAGGAAGGUGAGGGUGCAGCUGGCCAAGUUCAUCAGGCCGGAGGUGGACAGGUCCUGGUUAGAGGAUGCCACGUCCGUCGUAUCGAUCGUGUGUGGAACUAAUAAAAUCGCCUGGGCCCACGUGGACCGUGGGAUGACUGUAUUGGAGUGGCAACAGAUGGAGUGUCCUAAUUUCUUGAAGGGAACGUACAUGGCUUCUUCCUACCUGAAUGACGUGUCCGCGGUUGUGUCUGUCCUCCCCUCAGCAGAUUUCUACCUGGUAGAGAAGCCCUCCAUCUCCGUGCAGAAUACAGCUCUGUUUCCUGUCAUGGCCCACAUGAGGACUGUGGAGGCCAUGCUGUUUGCUCUGCUGGAGCCCCGAAUCUCCCCGCCAGAGCCCAAUAUUCCUCCCAGGGUUCUCAACAUGAUGAGGAUCGCUGUGGGACGGCACUUCGGCCUGAUUGUGGGGGAGUCUCGGACGAGCGGGGCUCAGACGCUGCAGCAGCUGAUGACUGAGUCGGUAACGCAGAAGUUUCCCAGGAUAAACUUCCCCCAGGAGCUGCUGGCCAAGUACAGGAACUAUUUCCACCUGGGCAGCAGGAGAGGAGGGGAGGAGCUGUGUGACGCUCUGCUUCAGGCCGUGGCGUUUUAUGAGCUUCUCUCUGAAUCCUCCUGUUAGCUGCCUCUGGGAUUCAUCAUGGUCAGACUGCACUACAGACUCCUGAGCUGUACCAUCAGCCCUUUAGCGCUACCUUAGGCUGUUUUUAAGGAGAUUUGUACAGAAUCUGGUAUUUAUCUUUGUUACACAACAUUCUGUUUUUCCCUCCGGUGUUGGAACCUCUUCACUAUCAGUUGUUCAGACCUCAGCAAUUAAAGCACCCCUUAAUGAGUGGUUAAAUCCUUUCUAAAAAUAGUUUUAUUUACUUUUCCUAUUUGCACUUGAAAUGUGAAAAAUAAAAUAUGAUUAUUUAUAAUAGUCCAUUGGAGCGUGUGUAGGUAAAAUAAAUAUGGUGAAACAUG